AUGUAAAAGUAAUUUUUUGAGAGAAUAGGAAUAGUGUUGAUAGUUGUCAGAAAUAAAAAUAACUAAUACCUAGCCGUCUUAGAAACAAAGAAUAGAGGAUGGUGGUUACCUGGAGGCAGAGUUGAACCUGGAGAGCAGUUUGAAAAAGCUGCUUUAAGAGAAACUCUUGAAGAGGCAGGGAUUAAUGUAACUUUGAAAGGAGUCUUGAGAGUUGAAUAGGAUAUUGAUCAAUAAACAUGUUUCAUGAGAUUCAAGAUAGUGUAUUAUGCAGAGCCGACUGAUUAAAAUCAAGCGCCUAAGAAAGUAGCAGACAAAGGUAUUAAGUGAUUGCGAUUGAUUUCACUAGAAUCUGAGAUGGCUGUUUGGGUUGAUUACGAUAAGCUUCACGAAUUGGGAAAGACCAAAGAAGGUUGGAGAGGAAUGGAAUUAAUAUAAUGGGCUAAUUACAUUGAAUAAGGAGGCGACAUCAUGCCAUUAUGUACUGUAAGUAGAGAGGGAGCCAAUGUGGAAAUGGCGAAACCAUUUACCAUAAAGAAUCUCAAAUAAAAUUGAUAUA